AGGUUUUAAUCAGUUGCUUCGUUCUGGAGGCAUACUCUCGUCCGUCAAACAAUGAGUCGACGACCUCGUUGAACGAGGAGCCUACGGAAAAAUUCACUGAUGAAAUGGAAAAUGUAGACAAACGCAAUGAAAGAACUCUAGAAGAUCAAAUAAAAACAUCAUACACUCAACCUGAGGGAGGCAUCACUAGAGAUAUAUUACAGAAAAUAAAAGAAAUCAACCAGGGAUUACAGAAACCAAAACGGCAUCAAAUAAAUUACAACACCCAACCUUAUGGUGGAGGGUACAUAUUAGAUAAGGCUAUCUUGGAGAAAAUUCAACAAAUAAUAGCUGCCGGAAAACUUAAUGGAUUGUCCGGACAACAGAAAGUGUCUAUUCACGAAGAAAGUAACUCGUUAAAUGAUGACAUCGCAAGAUACGAAAACGCAAGGGCUUUGCCUUACGUGCAGCCAGGUCUUACCAAUAAUGUACUGGGAAAUCAAGCUGUAGGGUAUAUGCCUCUUCCAUACGUAACGAGCUUGCCAGUUGUGGUAAUGCCUUCGGCUAACGGAGUUUACGGUACACCUGCUACAAAUGAUCUCAAUUCUCUAAAUGCCAAUUAUUUAAGACAAGUACCAUCAUUGCCAUUUCAAGUCCCAUGGCCCCUUGCUCCAUUUUUUCCUAUUCUCUUAAAAGAUCCUCUUUUACAUUACCUACAGGGAGGAAGUUGGGAGAAUCUCUUGGAAUAUGGACAGUCUGCUGAUGUAUGUAACAGAAGACAAAAAUCUUCAGAGACAGGCAAUAUACAGCCGGAGAUUUCAAUAGAUGAAAUUGAUGAUAGUGACAAUUCGAUUUCACUAGAUCCAGUAAAUGUUGUUAGCUCAAGACAAGGCAGAAAAAUAAAGAAACGAACAAUUUCAAAAUCAGCUCCGAUCCAGAAAAUUGAUGCUGAUAAAGAUGUAACAAAACUGUUUACACAAAAACCUCUAGGAGUUAAAAAACCAGUGAAAAAAGAAGAUCCGCCUAUUCAAGAUACGAAAACAAAUAGCGACAAUGAAGGCGAUUUGAGAUUUCCGUUUGGAGAUUUUAACUGGUUUGGAAACAGAAAACCUGUGGCUCCUAGUCCUGGAUUUUUCAUUAAUAGACUGAAGGUCAGAAGAGGUGGAGUAGCGAUUGCGGGGCCUGGAGGUGUCGCAACAGCUGGGAGAGGAGGUACUGCCAUCGUUGGUCCUGGUGGACUAGCCUAUACUCAGCCUGGGGGACUAGCAGUCGCCGGGCCAGCUGCAAGAAUCGUCGCUUUAGCUCCAGAUGCAGAUCUCAACUCUGUGGUGACCCGCCUGCAACAACAAUCAGCAACAGAUGGACCUUGGAAAUGGAGACGAUACCAUAGAGAGGAGAACUGGUUCAAUUCAGGAGCGGAUGAAUACCAUUACAAUGGACUAGACUUUAAUGAAGGAAAACCGCGGUUUGAUGCUACAAAAUUCACAAUAUACGUGAAACCAAGCGCGCAAGCCUUGAGUGGACAAGGAGUGGCUAUAGCGAACCCUGUCUCUAAGGUUGUGUUGGCUAAAGGCAAUACAGCGACAAUCAUACAUACUCCUUCGGCUUCGGCUGUUGCUGGUCCAGGGGGUAUUGCCCAUGCUCAAUCUGACCUCGUGCAAUACUUACCUUUCUACGGCGGAGCGAAAGGCCAAUAUCUUGAAAUAAGGCAGAACAACAGAGGCAACAUCAUUAGUGAAAAGAUUGUUUCAGAAGAAAACAUAAGCAGCGAAAACAUUAUCAAGAAUACCGAUGAAAAUCUUCUUUCAAAGGUGUUGGGAGCUAAUUUGCAAAGCCUGCAAACGUUAUCUAACAGUGUCUUGAAGCUACACAAUCUUGGAAGAAAGACCGGAGGUUUAAGUACUAGCGAUAAAGGUAGAUUUAAAAGUGAAUUAGCGUCUCUUGGAGAAACGGCAUCAAAUACUAUCAAACUGAUUGAAGAAGUGGGAGAUAACGUGGAUACGCUUUUUAAAAACAAUAUGACGAAACGACAAUACGAACAUUAUGAAGAAAAUGUAAGUAAGAAUGUGGGUGAAGAAGGCGUUGGGAUUGAUGCUUCUGAGUCUGGUGAGCCUGGUAUACCACUCGAGAUAUUGGAGGGUAGUACCAUUGCUGACGCUAGGCCAGUCGGUCUAGCUGUAAUUGGCGAGAACGGUCUCGCAGCCUCUCGACCUGUUGGGACGGCUGUUGCAUCUUCAGGGAUCGCUAUCGCUCGCCCCGUAGGUACUGCUAUCGCUGGCCUCGACCCAGCCUUGCUCGGCAUCAACUUCCAGGUCAACAACAUGAAAUCUUAGGUCUAAGAUCCUAAGGUCUUCUGUCAAUACGGUAGCAAAGGUACAAACAACCACACGACGCGCUAUACAAAAACCAGUUUAAAUAGGUCUUGUCAAAUCUAGUUUUGCUAUGGUCGUUAACGGUGUCAAAAGUGUUAGCUUAUACUAGAAAACUACCAACGCUGUGUGUGCCAUGCGUACAGUACAUUAUUUUUAUCUAAUAAAACUAUUGUAGCACCAGCACGACAGGGCGCGACUUGCGCGUAAAGCGACAUUACUAUAUCUCUUUUAUGUCGAUUCACGCGCGAAUUACGCCAUGUCGAACUAGUGCUGCUGGUAACAAAGCUGUGAACAAUCCAUAUGAUGUACCAUGUAUAGUGUACAAUAGCUACAGCCCCCAGUAUACCUUGUUGGUUAAACCUUUAAAAUCCUUUGCCUUCGAAUUGCCCGUUAGAUCUCUGUGUAAAAGAUUUGAAAAACUUAAUUUCAAAGUCAUAACAGAACGACUGAAGUAGGUAAUAAUAGU